AUGUCAAAAGAAUGUGCAGUGGCUGAUCGCGAAUAUUAUGAAGAAUCUCAACCACCAACAGUGCUAAAUAAUCAAAAUAAUGCAAAGAAACUAGACGAAAGCUUUCCACCAGUUGAAUAUCACGAAAAUUCAUUAAAUUCUUUAACACCCGAUUACAUUUACCUUGACGAGAACAAUAUCGAAAAGGAUUUAAUCUGUUCUCUCUGCUACCAUCCCUUCAUUGAUCCAAUUAUGCACUCAACAUGUGAAAAUAUGUUCUGCUCCUCUUGUGUUAAAAAAGUUAUUGGAAACAAGUGUCCCCUAUGUAAAGGAGAGAAUUUCACAUCAAAUUGCUCAUCUGUUCCUCGAUUCGUCACCAACAAGUUGCUACAAUUGAAAGUGGAAUGUUCCAUGUGUAAGGGAGCAGUUGCAAGAGGUGAUUUGAAAGAUCAUCAGGAAAAAUAUUGUCCUCUUCAUGAUGCCUAUCAACAGGUGACUAAAUUGAAGGAGAAACUGGAAGAGGAAUGCAAGGAGAAGAAGGAUGAGUUGGGAAGAAAGUUGGAAGAAUUAUCUGAAAGUUUAAAUCUCGAAUGGAGUCAAAAGAAGGAUGAGUUGACCAGAGAAUUUGAAUCGAAAGAGGAGGAACUGCAUGAACGAAUUGAAUUAUUUGAGAAUCAAAUAUUGGCAAGGGAAAAACUUGAGAAUGUGAACAAACCUAUUCAUUUAAAUGUUGGUGGGACUAUUCUUACAGUUUCUUUGGGAACAUUUAUUCAUAAUGAAAGAGAAUCAGAUAAUUUAUUUAAAAAAAUGUUCACAGGUGAAUAUCCAUGCUAUCAAACACCUUCAAAACAGUUUGAAGAGCCUGUGUAUUAUGUUGAUUGUGAUCCAAUGAUUUUCAGAUACAUCUUAGGAUGGUUACAAUAUGGAAAGAACUCAAUUGGGCCAAGUUUGAGUUUAUCUGACAUUCUUCUAGCUUGUAAGAAGUUUAGUUUAGAUAAUCUAGCUGUUAAAUUAACCAAAUCUGAAUACUUUUAUGAGAUUUCUCAACUAGAAUUCUUCAAAAUGAAGAAUAGCUCUCCAUCCAUAAUUUUAAACAAAUUUGACAUGACUAAUUUAAUGUUAAGAGGUAUGGAUCUACAAAAAUCCUCAAUUUCACUUUCACUUUUCAGGGGAAUGGAUUUGAGUGGAGUGAAUUUUUCCAAUUCUAAUUUGAAUGGAUGUAACUUUAGUGGUUGUAUCUUGGAUGGAACUAAUUUUUCAAAAUCCAACUUGUCAAAUGCAAACAUUCAAAUAAGUUCAUCUUGUAAUUUCACUAACUGUGAUUUUUCUGGUUGCUUGAUUGACAAGUCAAAUUUGAACAAUCUUUCAUUUUCAGGAUCCAGUUUUAAAGAAACCAAGUUUGUGGAAUUGUGUAAUUUGAUUGAGAAUGUGACACUGAGCAAGUGCACAAUUUACAAAGUUUACUUAAAUGGAAAGACGUUUAAUAGAGUUGACUUUAGUGAAACAUCUUUUAAAGAUUGCAAGUUUGCAGAUUGUACCUUCAAGAACUGUAACUUUUCAGAGACUCAAUGGAAGACAAGCAAAGUAGAGCGAUGUAAUUUUCUGGAAUGCAUUCAGUAA